AUGAUUAAGGACAAAGAAGGCUCACCAAUCGGCUACACUUUCAUCGCAAAGAACGUUCCGAUCAUUGAGCUUGCAGAUGAACCAAACCCAGUUUUGUCGGUAGCGCCUAAUGCCACAAUCUCAGCAGAACUUGCUCACCGUCGUCUGGGCCAUGCCGGUAGCUAUAAAGGCCGGAUCAAUAAAGACAAACUUGGCUGUGACGUUGGCACAGAACAUUAUGAUUGUGAACCUUGCGGAAAGGGGAAAUCGAAGAGAAUUGUGUCUCGGGAUCAGCAGGCAAGGGCUACGAGAGUAGGCCAGUUGCUUCACGUCGAUCUACAUCCUGUUAAGCCAAAGGAUUUAAACAGUAAGACAGGCAAAGUUGAGAUCGAAUACAUGACUGGCAAGCCGACAGAGAGAACUCGGCAAGCCAACUUCGAUGCAGUUGCUUCGUCAGCAAUAGCAACAGCAUCAGCUAUGGACCGCACCUAUGACUUUGGAGGCAUGGCUAUUGCAGCAAGCGCUUUCCAGAAUCCAGAACAAUGA